ACAAAGGGAACGGGACACGAGCUCGGCAGAGUUUGUCCCGCAACUUGCAGUUGGCGUUUAGGGACGCCUUCGUGAAAGAGGCACAUUGUGACGGAUUUUUUGGAAGGGACAUGGCUCGCCAGGUCUGCGAUUUCAUGCCUGGCUUCUUGCUUGCCUCAGCAAAAGCCAUGGGCAUUCCUGGGAGAAGAGGAUGCUCGGCCGUGACUGAGCACGGUCCUGAUUCGCCAAAUGUUUGUUUAUGGACCCGCUGCGCUAUUCCAUUUUGGGAACGCAUAGUCUGGUCCGGCUGAAAGGACCACAUCACUUGGGGCUCGUCGCAGUUGUGCAACGCCCAGUGGAAUCCGACAAGCAACACGCGCCCGCCCCGACCCGACCGACGGAAUCGGCACUGAGAAGAAAUUCACCUCAUGGGCGCGACCAGUCCCGCUGGAACCCUCUCCCUCCGAUCGACAUGAGCUCCUGGAUCAACGAGGCCGCUGUCCCGAACCACAAUGGCAACGGCUUCCCUCAGAUCAACGACCCCUCCGCUGUCGCCGGUUCCAUGAUGGAUCCCUCCGCCUUCAUGGGCAAUCCCGCCCAGUUCAAUCCGCAGUUCGCGAACCCGCAGCAGAUGGUCAUGCCGAACGGCCCUAUGCGCAAUGCAUCGCCUUCGUUCCCAAACCCUAUGUAUCAAACCAACUCGGUCGUCCCGUCGAAGCGCCCAAGGCCGAGCAAUGAUAACAUGGGCCAGUCUCCGCGCCCGGCGCCCGGGAUGCUUCCAACGUCGCGUGCCGAAACACCGCAACAAUCCGCGUUUCCGGGUUUUCAGCAGCCCGGCAUGGCGCAACAGUCGUCGGGCCAGCCGUCGCCAUAUCCCCAUCUCCAGCCGAAUGGCUCCACAAACGCGACACCGUCGCCCAUCAUGGCGAACCAGAUGCGCCCCGGGAGUGUUCCCCAGAGAGUCGCCUCGUCCUCGCCGCACCCGUUCUCACCCGCCGCGCAACAGUUUCCGCAACCGUCUCCCUUGUCUACCGAACAUGGUGGCGCCACGCCCCAGUCCUUUAUGCAGCAAAAUGCUUUCCAGCAAAACUUCAACCCUCAGUUCAGUGCCGCACAAUCCCCGGCGAGGCCGUCUCCUUCUCCCAACCCGAUCACCGGCCAGAUGAUGCCUCAACAAAUGGGGCAGAUGCAAAUGGGGCAAGUACCCCAGCAGAUGCAGCAGAUGCAACAAAUGGGGCAAUUGGGCCAGAUGCCGGGCCAGGUGUCUGGCCAGAUGAUGCCGAGUCAAAUGGCAGGGCAGCUGCCCGGACAGAUGCAGGGACAGAUGCAGGGACAGAUGGGCCACCAGGUCCCGAACAUGAUGUUCCCUCAACAAAUGGGACAACCCCGGAAUGCCCUCGAGCAGCAGAAACUUCUCUACCAGAUGCAGCUGCAGCAGCAAGCUCAGCAGACGAGCAUGCAAAUGCAGCAGAUGAACGCCCAAAAUAUGAUGCAGGCGCCCCAUCCCAACCCAGCCCAAGCCCAGGCCCAGGCUCAAGUGCAGACGCAAGCGCAGACGCAAGCGCAGGUGCAGGCACAGGCACAGGCACAGGCACAGGCACAAGCACAGGCACAGGCGCAGGCGCAGGCCCGGAACAUGAUGGCAGCCAGGCAAGGCGCCGUUGCCAAUGGGCAGAUACCACCGGGCGCAAUGAGGCCCCAGCAGGGAGUGCCGCAGCAGCCCAUGAUGCGGUUGCCUCCGCCGGAGCAGUUCAUGAAGCAUCUGGCGGCAUUCAUGAACUCGAAGGGCCUUCCGCUCGACAUGCACCCCGUCGUCGAUGGCCGCACAGUUCCGCUGUACAACCUGUUCCAGAUCGUAUACAACAAGGGCGGAGGAUAUCGCAACACGACACAGUCCAACAGUUGGCUGCAGGUUGCCCAAAUCAUGGGCUUUGCGCCCCACCAGAUUCCUUCGGCCGCGCAACAGCUCAAGAGCAUAUACGAGCGAAAUCUGUUCAAAUAUGAGGAGUUGUGGACAACACAGCAAAAGAUGCGGUUACAGCAACAACAGGGAAGCAUGGCGAACGCCCAGGGAAUGCAACAGGGGACACCCACCAAGCCGAUGCCCUCCGGCCAGAUGCCCCCCCAAAUGAUGCAAGCCGGGCAGCAGGCUCAACUACAAAGCCAGGUGCAAUCUCCUGCCAAGCCACCAGGACCGCAGCAUCCAAACGCGAAUGGUUUCCCCGCUCCCCAACAACCCCCUCAUGGCCAGCAGCCGCCGGCGGCUGGCCCUAACCAAGGCCACUCUCGCAAUAGCCUGCCGAGGAGCGUCCAGGCGACACCUACGACCGACGAGUUCCCCCUCCCUUCCCCCGCCCAGAGCAAGGCAGGAACGGUAUCGGUCCCUGGCUCUGCCCACCCCGAAAAUCAGGGACCCGCGGACGACACUGGAAGUUCGAUGAAAUUUCCCGCCCCUUUCUCGACGAAUCCGGACGAGUAUGUGCCUUGUUCGCGUGAGAUCACAACACACGGCGGGCUUGAUGUGAAGGCGAUGAAGAAAAUCGGCGACGAGCUGCAAAGGGCCAAGAUCGAUGUUCCACUGCCCAUCGAUUACGGAAAUGUUGAUAUCCAUGCGCUCACAAAGAGCAUACAGAGCGGCAUCCAUGGCGAGGUUCGGCUGGCUCUUGACACGCUAGCGUCGUUGACGUGCAGCGAUUACUACUUCGUCAGUCCGACGCAGCCCAUCCCUAUUCCGCAGAUCGACCUCAGACUCUGCGACGAAUUAGUCGAAGCUCUGGUCGAAUGCGCCGAGGAUCAGCUCGACCUGUUGGUGGAGAACUCCGAGGAGGCGUCAAACGAAAUCACAAUCUCGCCUUACGAGGAGGUGGUGCGCGCAUGCCGUACGGAGGGCCUCGCGUUACGUAGCGUAGCCGUCUUUGGAUCUUUAGCAUACGACCUCGACCGCGCCGCGGAUCGGCUCAUCUGCAUCACCACCAUAUUGCGCAACCUCUCGUGGCGGGAAGAAAACCACGCGCCACUGGCGGACGAGACGGUCAUCAGGUUCCUCUGCGUCCUGAUCCGGUACCUGGGUACGCGGGAGAUGCUGCUUCGCACCCACGCCAAUACACUUGACUUGAUGAAGGAUUUGGUGACCCUGCUCUCGAACACGGCGAGCGCCGUAGAGAUACCAGGGCGAGAGCAAGCCUAUUGCUUGUUGCAAUUCUUGCUUGCCUUUGCGCCAACUCCGGGUCCGACACUGCACGAGGACAGGCUCUUCUUCCCCCCUUACGAGCCGAGUCUGCACCCGUACCUCCCACAUGCCGUCGACUCCCUCGCCAAGCUUCUAGCUCGGGACGAGCCGAACAGGACACACUAUCGCAACAUCUUCGCUGCUGAAGCCACGGUCGUCACGUCACCGCCGUGUGAGCUCCUUACACGCACUUUCGGGCUCGCAAUCAGUCCGAUCCCCGAUCAUCUCCGUGAACACCGCCCCGUAAACUUGCCGCCGUUAGUCGAAGCGCGGAAGCCGCUGUUGAUGCAAGGCCUACUCUCGGCGGAUAUACUGGCUGGUCUGGCGCCCGGAUUCGAAAGCGGCGUCACUCGUUCCUGGCUCGCGUCCGGCAAUGGAUUUGCGCAGAACCUCUUCCUCCUUGCCCGGCAGCUGAGUGCCCAAUUCGAGGGUUCGUCGGUCAGACCCGGGAGCGGUCAAUCUAGGGCCCAGCCCAAGAAAGAUUUGGAUCUCGUCUAUAUCAUCGGACUGGCCGUCAGCAUGCUCAGACGACUCACAGAGAAGGCGCUGGAUCCCAAUGACCCGACUGGGGAAAGCAGCAUCCCGCCGGAGGUGCUUCCUACUAAGGAAAGCGUGCUUGGGCUCCUGCAACUGCAAUCCCAGGAGUGGGCCAAGGAAGGGAUACUGGCCGACCUGCUCGACUACGCGAGCAUGGUGGACAAGAGCCUUGGACGGCGAGGGUGAGCGGGCCAGUAGAAGGGUUGGGUUCGGAGGGGCUUGGUGUUGGGCGUUUGAUUAGCAAGCGGGCAUGUAUUUGCGUAGACUGUGCUCGGGGUAGUGCGUGGAUAUCCUUCAACGAGUUGGUGCAGGUUCUGGGUUGGCAGCACUAUCUUCUCGUCCGAGCAGUCUCUGGUGUACAAGUGCUGUUGCUCUUUCUUUUUGGAAAUGAUGCGUUGGAUGAUAUAGAAUGCGAGCGCAGUGACACGGCA